GCAACAAAUGUCAAGUUACUUAGAUCAACAGUUGAAUGAGUUGAAUGUGAGAGGUUAUAUCAAUGUAAAUAUACAUAUUUUUGAAAUAUCGUGUUCUUUUCUUAUGAAAUUAAAUACGUAAAUAUAUAGGAUAGGUUUCUACUAAUUUUAAAUUGAUUAAAAUGGAAAGUGAUGAACAGUAUAAUAGUUCGGAUUCAGAGCAAGAGCAAGAUGAGGAACGCUUUGCGAUCAAAGAAGAACUAUCAACAUUAUCUUUCGAAGAUCUUCAAAAACUGAAAGAGAGAGUUGGGGCUAAAGUGUAUAAGCAAGCUAUUUUUGGCGAAAAAAAAGAAGUUAGGAAUGUACCAAAAGUUUUUAAAAGAGAAAAUAAAAACAGACCGAGAGAGAUGUCUUCUAAAAAACCAGUACCUAUGGUACCAGCUGUCCCUAAAAAGAAAAGUGAAAUUCGGGAUCCAAGAUUCGACCCAUUAUGUGGUACAUUUGAUCAGAAAGAAUUUUCUGAAAACUAUGGUUUCCUCUCUAAAUUACGAAUGCAAGAUAUAAAAGCUAUCAGAGCAGAAUUAAAGAGUACUACAGAUCCUGAAAAGGAGCAACGUCUUAGAAGGCUGUUACAAAGAUUGAACGAUCAACACAAAGCUAGCAAAAAGAAGAAGAAAGAAAGAGAAAUUUUAGAAAAACAGAAAAGUGAAGUCGAGGCAGAUUUUAGUAGCGUGAGACACCCACAUUUCAAAAAUAAAUCUGAGUUACGUGUGGAAUCGCUUGUAAAGCAAUAUGAAGAAUUGAAGAAGAAGGGCACAGGUCGCAUUCAGAGGCAUCUUAAACGUAGACAACAGAAGAUUAAAAAACGGUCAUUUAGAAAUCAACUACCAGAAAAUUGAUAAUAUUAAUAUAGUUGUUAUAGCAAUUAAAAAAAUAUUUAUAUCAA